AUGAAGGAAAGCUCGGUAUUUACGCUCAUUUUUUGUGUGCUUGGUCUUUACGGCCUGUUCCUUUCAUGGUCGCUUCUUCAAGAGAGAAUCAACACCAAACCAUAUGAAAUCAUUGGUGGAUCACCUGUGUUCUUCAAAGCUCCAUUACUUGUCAAUACUAUCCAGGCGUUUUUUGCAUGUCUUGUUGGUCUUCUAUAUUCAUGGGUGGCCCAUAGGCAAAACCCAUUUGCCAUUUUCUCCAGUAAAAGCAGCAAGGACACCACUGGCGGUUCAACAUACGUGAAAUUUUUCAUAGCCAUAGCUAUCACCUCGACCGUGUCUUCUCCAUUAGGCUACAAGGCCUUGAAGCACGUUGACUACUUGGCUUUCUUACUUGCAAAGUCUUGUAAGUUGCUUCCUGUGAUGCUAGUGCAUUUCGUGCUUUACAGAACGAGAUUUCCACCGCACAAGUACUUGGUCGCUGGAAUGGUUACAUUUGGUGUGAUCUUGUUUACCACCUGCCACAGCUCUGGCAAGUCUAAAGCUUCCAUAAACGAUGGCAAUACGCUUCUUGGUAUGGCACAAUUAGCGGGCUCGAUGCUUCUUGAUGGCUUGAUGAAUUCAACGCAAGAUCAACUCUUCAAACUUCCUAAUCGUCAACAUAAGCUUACUGGAGCCUCACUCAUGAGUAUCCUUAAUCUCAUGGUAUUUAUUCUCUCGGCAGGAUUCAUCUUGGUGUUUCAGUUCCAAGAGGAGGCCGUUUAUACAUGGAAUUUCGUUCACAGGUAUCCACAGCUGCUUAUGGACAUACUUGCAUUUUCACUCUUUGGAGCUGCAGGGCAGGUCUUUGUGUUCCUCAUUCUCGAGAAAUUUGAUUCUCUCAUCUUGGUUACUGCCACAGUCACGAGAAAGAUGAUAAGUAUGAUUCUUAGUGUGGUUUUGUUUGGCCAUAAACUUUCAUUGGGCCAAUGGCUAGGCGUGCUUUCAGUGUUUGGAGGCAUAGGUUAUGAAUCCUAUUUGAAGCUAGCAUCCAAGAAGCAAAAACAGGCAUAG